AUGAGUGUCAACGCCGGUCUGGUCUUCCUACCCUCGGCCCUGCUCGUCGCAGGUGUCUACGCGACAAAGCCCGAGUUUGUGCCAUAUGCCAUCGCCGCUGCCGGUGUCCUCUCUAGCGUUGCUUUCUUCGUUGGUGGUAGCAGCAAGCCCCGCAAGGUCCUGAAGCCCACGGAGUUCCAGGACUUCGAGCUGAAGGAGAUCAACAACAUCUCGCACAAUGUUGCUAUCUACCGCUUCGCUUUGCCCCGUCCCACCGACAUUCUGGGUCUCCCCAUCGGUCAGCACAUUUCGCUCGCUGCUACCAUUGAUGGCCAGCCUAAGGAGGUCGUUCGCUCCUACACCCCCAUCUCCUCCGACAAUGAGGCCGGUUACUUCGAUCUGCUUGUUAAGGCCUACGCUCAGGGUAACAUCUCCAAGUACCUGACCACCCUCAAGGUUGGCGAGACCAUGAAGGUUCGCGGCCCUAAGGGUGCUAUGGUUUACACUCCCAACAUGUGCCGCCACAUUGGUAUGAUCGCUGGUGGUACCGGUAUCACUCCCAUGCUCCAGAUCAUCGAGGCUAUCAUCCGCAACCGUCCCCGUAACGGCGGUAACGACACCACCAAGGUUGACCUGCUCUUCGCGAACGUCAACCCCGAGGACAUUCUGCUUAAGGAGAAGCUCGACAAGCUGAACAAGGAGGACCCUGACUUCAACGUCUACUACGUCCUGAACAACCCACCUGAUGCCUGGACCGGUGGUGUUGGCUUCGUUACCCCCGACAUGAUCAAGGAGCGUCUCCCCGCCCCUGCUGCCGAUGUCAAGGUUCUUCUCUGUGGUCCUCCUCCUAUGAUCAGCGCUAUGAAGAAGGCUACCGAGUCUCUUGGCUACACCAAGGCUCGCCCUGUCAGCAAGCUUGAGGACCAGAUCUUCUGCUUCUAA